GCGGAAUUCGUCAUAUGAUAUUUAAUUGAUAUUUGUUAUGAUACACAAACGUUAUGUAUUAGAGUAUUAAAGACGAUAAAUACGUAACAGUUUUCAAAACAACUCGUAACAAUGAUUAACGUACCAAAUGCGCCAUUAAAGGUAGUCUUUUUUCUACACUUUUUAUUGACUACAUGGGCAUUGCAGAUAGAUUGGUUACCUCCUUCUUAUGGAUAUUAUAAUCUUGUCUUUCUCCUAUUAAUAAUCUGGUCUAUUCAUUAUAGAGAUUCUGAGGAACCUGUUUUCAUGGCUCUUGUAGUUGAUGUUGCUGCUAUUAUUUUGGAUAUGAUAUCAAUUUCCAUCUAUUUUAAUCAUGCUAACUCUCAUACCAUGAGAUUUGCUAUUGUUAUGAGUAUUGCAAAUAUAGUUAUUCGUCCAAUAUCAGCAAUAAUAUUAUUACGAAUUUAUAAUGAACGUAGUGGCCGUUAUUCAACUUUCAGUAUCCCUGGCCUUAAUUUUGGGCGGGGACCAUAUGAAGAUAUUGAUAAUCCUGUACCACAAAGCGUGCCAAAAACGCCUGUCGAUACUGGAAGUCCAGUCCGCACUUCUCCUGAUAUACACGUACCACCACCAUAUGCACCACCACAGCAGACUGGAGGUUAUCAAGCAUAAAUGAUGGACAUUUUUUUUUAAUAUAAUGCAAGAAUCAUUUGAUUUGAAUUGAAUAAAUAGUGAAUGUAAGUGUAAUAAAGAUAUAAAAAAGUUUUUAUAAAUACCAAACAAUGAUUAUUUCUUAAAAAAAAGAUUUUAUUAAUAUUGAUUAUAUCAGUAUAGCUUUUAGAAAUUCUCCAUUAGUCAAUGAUUGAAAUUGAUAUCAAUGUAAUAACUAGUCAAAAUGUGGCCAAAAAAUUUUUCUAUUUUUAUAUAAUUCUGUUUAUAAAAAUUACAUAUUUUUAUGUAUUAAUAAUGAUUGGAUCAUAUAAUACAUGGUCAUAUAAUUUCACAUAUAAUGAACUUAUUUUUAAAAAA